UAAUAUAAAUAACCUGCUGUGCAUGGGUACAGUUUGGCGAAAUGUAUACUAUAACUUGAUCCAUGGUAAUCCGCCGCUUCUCUCUCUAACCCCUAGUGUAAUCAGGAACUUCCAGUUUAAUAAUCUCCCAUAUUUCUCAACUUAUCCGUAAUUUAUACUAUUAUCUUUCUCUAACCAUAUCCACACAACCAUGACAAGUCACAGUGAUCUCAUCGUCAGCUUCGGCGAGAUGCUCAUCGACUUCGUUCCCACCGUCGGGGCCGUCUCACUGGCCGAGGCGCCCGGAUUCCUCAACGCUCCAGGUGGUGCUCCGGCCAAUGUAGCUAUUGCCGUUUCUAGACUCAACGGAAACGCCGCGUUUGUCGGGAAACUCGGCGACGAUGAGUUCGGACACAUGCUGGCCGGGAUACUCAAGGAGAACGGCGUCUCCGUCGACGGAGUUAGGUUCGAUGAGGGAGCCAGGACGGCGUUAGCGUUCGUGACGUUACGUGCUGACGGAGAGCGUGAGUUCAUGUUCUAUAGGAAUCCCAGUGCUGAUAUGCUCUUGACUGCAGAUGAGCUGGAUCUUAAGCUCAUUAGAUCCGCUAAAGUGUUUCAUUAUGGAUCAAUAAGUUUGAUUGUGGAGCCAUGCAGAUCAGCACAUUUGAAGGCAAUGGAGGUGGCAAAGGAAGCCGGUGCCUUGCUCUCAUAUGACCCCAACCUCCGGCUACCAUUGUGGCCUUCGGCUGAGGAGGCGCGGGAGAAGAUCAUGAGCAUAUGGGACAAGGCCGAUGUGAUUAAGGUCAGUGACAACGAGCUUGAAUUCCUCACGGGCAAGGAAGUCAGUGAUGAGGCUGCUCUGUCUCUGUGGCAUCCAAACUUGAAGCUUCUUUUGGUGACCCUUGGGGAGAAAGGAUGCAGUUACUAUGCCAAGAGUUUCCAUGGACAUGUUCGUGGCUUCCACGUCAAAGCAGUGGACACAACAGGCGCUGGAGACUCAUUCAUAGGUGCCCUAUUGUGCAAAUUAGUCAAGGAUGAUUCCAUACUGACGAACGAAGCAAAAUUGAAGGAAGCAGUUAGAUUUGCAUGUGCAUGUGGAGCAAUCACAACCACCAAGAAAGGAGCCAUUCCUGCCCUGCCCACGAAUUCUGAAGUUCAUGAACUUAUGUCCAGCAACAAGAUGGAUAAAGUGAAACCAAGUGGUUGGCAAAAGAUAAUGACAACUCAGAAACAUCAGUUGAUCAAGACAAUGUGCCCUGGUUGUUACAAUGUCAGCAACUAAACAGUGUCAUCGAAGUACUCAGGUUGGGCAGAGUUAGGGAUUGAACUAGUUGACUUGCUUGGGAAUAAAAUCAAAAAUUGUUUCAUUUGAAUAAUUUAAUGACUGUGUCUUAGUCAUUAGCAGUUAGUGGGAUUAGUGGCCUCUGUUCAGGAAUCGGGGCUGAUUUUCAAGUUGUAGGCAGACGAGGAUCAUUUUUAUUUAAAUUAUUCAUUUGUUAUUUGAGAAACUUGUGAAUCAACAUUUGCCAUCCCCAC